CAUUCUUGGAUGUGAUAAGCAAUUGAUAUUCAGACAAAUUUGGUACUUCUGACCAUACUCUCGAAGGUAGAAGAAGGCUAAUGAGAGUUCUAGUGGAUAGCAACACUGACCGUGAUGGAAAAGUGACGGUAGGAGGAGGAUAGACUUGUUCAGCCGAUGGUGGUGGUUGCGGCGCCACUGUUAUACCUCUGAGAAAGGGUCAUAUACUUAGGUUCCUGUGUAUCAUUGGCCAAAGUGCCGGCAGUCGUCGUCCGACCUUCGUGCGUGUAAGAUUGUUUUACACUCGUUCGUUCAACGUUUCUCUGAUUUCAUUGACAAGCGUGUGAUAACUUGCGAUAUCAGUGAACAUACUAUCGUGGAAGAGGGAGAUCACCAAAAUCCGAGCCAGCACAAUCAAUCGUUAACUCCUAAACUUUUGACAAGCUUAAAUCGUUCACACAUUCAAGCUGUCUUUAGAUAAAAAUACUGUCAAAGACUGCUCUAUCAAUCAAGACUUCGACGAAAUUUUUGUUUUACUAAAAGAUGUCAUAGUUUACGCGCAAAUUUAAAAAAAAAAUAAUAACUUUGAUACCUAAAUUUAAGGAAUUUAAAAGUUUAAGUAAAAAAAAAAAAAAGGGAAAGAAAGGAUACUUUGACUUUCUAGAGAGAGAAUAGAACGAAAGAGUAGAAGAAGGAUUUUCAAAAUUAAAGUCUUGCGAAUUGUUGACUGAGUUCAUUGAGGUAGCGAUAGGUCUUUAGACCUCCUUGCAGCGAGAAGUCAUUAUUUCCGGCGAGACGGAUUCGACGACAGAAGGAAAUUACCUUAGGAGCGUAUCCCCGAGCAGAAGGACCACGGGGAUUCGAAGACGCAAACGAAGAAGAGUUAGAGGUACCAAGGAAAAAUGGCGUACGACGACGUUAUACUUCGGAUGGGGGAAUUUGGCCGAUAUCAGCGGAGAAUCUAUCUGCUGCUUUGCCUGCCGGCGAUAUCCUGUGCUUUCCACAAGAUUGCCGGUGUCUUUCUGAGCGCGAAAAUGAAUGCCAGGUGUCUGUUACCACAUGAAAAUCCGGAAAAUGCUACGUAUUUUUUACCGCCGCAUAUACUGAACGCCAGUUAUCUAGGAGACUCUAAGUAUCAAGAAUUGUUACAAUGUUACCAACUAGAUUUUCCUAAUGUCGUUAAUGAAACGAUCGGCAGGUACGUCGACACAUCGACAGGCCAAAAUACACACAGCCAAAAAUCAUUUAUUCCAAAUAGUUUCAACACUCAAGGAUACAAGCCAUGUGAGACGUUCGUCUACGAUAGGAGCAAAUACAAAAGUACCACUACCUCUGAGUGGGAUUUAGUUUGCGACAAGGCAUGGUUGAGAGCUACGGGGGAUUCGUUGUUCAUGGUAGGAGUCAUGCUUGGCUCAAUGAUUUUCGGUAGUUUGUCCGAUAGGUUUGGGCGUAGACAAAUUUUCUUCCUGUCUUUAGUCAUACAGUUGAGCGGCGGUAUACUAGUCGCAACUUCACCCAACUAUAUUUUCUACGUUACCUUCAGGUUAAUAGUCGGCUCCACUACUAGUGGAGUCUUCUUGGUCGCCUACGUGAUAGCCUUGGAAAUGGUAGGGCCAAAGAAGCGUUUGGUAGCUGGAGUCGGCUGCCAAUUGUUCUUCACAACCGGGUAUAUUCUAACUGCCGCUUUCGCGUAUUUUAUAACCGACUGGAGAAUGCUACAAAUCGCUAUCACUAUACCUAGCAUUGCGUUUCUUCUUUAUUGGUGGUUUAUUCCUGAAUCUGCGCGUUGGCUAUUAACAAAAGGACGUGUGCAAGAAGCGAAAGAUCUCCUUCAACAAGCCUCAUUGGAAAAUGGUGUAGAAAUACCAAGCGAAACUCUAGAUACGCUUCUUAACAACAACAGCGAAGACAGUAUGCCAGAUUAUAAGAAGCCAUCGUUAUUUGACCUCUUCCGGUAUCCAAACUUGAGACGGAAGAGUAUUCUACUAUUUUUCAAUUGGCUUGUAAAUAGCGGUACAUAUUACGGAUUGUCCUGGCACGUAUCCAACCUUGGUGGUAAUGAUUAUGUUAAUUUCGUCAUUUCCGGAUUUGUGGAAGUACCUGCAUACACAUUUUUAAUUUUCACGUUGAACCGUUGGGGAAGGAAAAUUAUCUUAUGCGGUUGUAUGUUAGUAGCAGGAUUUUCAUUGCUUGCUAUUUUGCUUGUACCCGCUGAUGCUCAGUGGCUCAUAAUAUGUUUAGCAAUGAUUGGUAAGCUCACAAUUACGUCAUCCUAUGGUGCUAUUUACGUUUUUACUGCCGAACAAUUUCCUACGGUUAUUCGAAACGUUGGCCUCGGAGCAAGUUCGACUUUCGCUCGUAUCGGUGGAGUGAUUGCUCCACACGUCAUUCACUUGUCUGAAAUCUGGAUGCCUUUGCCAUUCGUUAUUUUUGGAGCGUGCGUCCUUUUUGGAGGAGCUAUGUCCUUGCUUCUUCCAGAAACAUUAAACAAAAAACUUCCAGAAACCAUACAGGACGGCGAAUUAUUCGGAAAGUAUGAAGUCAAAGAAGAAGAAGACAAAGGAUAUAGAACAACUGAACGAAAUCGAUGUAAUAAAACCAUUGAAGCCGCAAGAAAACGGUGUUCACGAAAAACAGAAUGGAUGACGUUAAUUUAUAUGGCAAGAACAUCGGUUAUGCUCAAAGUAUCUACUUCAAUCCUUUCUGAUUGUAUUUUAGGCACACUUGUAUACGUAUCUUACGUAUACUAAUCCCAGCAUGCCUGUUCCAACAUUGCAGUACCGAAAACAGAAACAAAAA